UGGGGGAGGGGAGGGGAGGUGCAGGCGGAAAAGGCGCGGCCGCGUAGGAUUAUCAUCGUUCGUGGCUGUUGCGUGGAGAAGGAAGGAGGCGAGUAAGCGAGCGAGCAGAGAGGAGAUAUAACGAGAGAAGAGAGGAAGAGAUAAAGGAAGGAAGGAGGAGGAGGACGAAGAGGAGGACUAAGAGAUGUCGAACAACGCGGGCAGCAUCUCGGCCAUGCGGCGGCUUGUGGAGCAGCUUCGCGUUGAGGCGAGCAUGGAGCGAGUGAAGGUGUCGCAGGCGGCCGCGGAGCUGCAGCAGUACUGCCUCCAGAACGUGCACAAGGACGCGCUGCUCACGGGCGUCCCUGCUGCAACCAACCCGUUCCGCGAACCGCGCUCCUGCACCGUGCUCUAGGGCGCCACGCUGCAACGCGCACGGAACACUGUGAUGUUGCCAUCUCCCGCGACUUACAGACAGACGUCCGCAAACAAGUUUACAAGACUCCGGAAUCCAGCCUUUCCCAGGGUGGGGACCACUCCGGGAUUUUGACAGCGCCAGAGCUUCGCGAAAUCAUGCUUCCCUUUUCUAUAAAACGCACGCGGACGCACACACACGCACACACACACACACGCACGGUAGCACUGGCAGCGAUGAACGUACGCAACCGGCUGCCCCCCACCAAACAGCCCCCACCCUCCUCAUCCUCCUAUUGCCCACGGUGCCAUUUUCACACGACCAGCACGGCCGGUGUGUUCUCGUCAAUUUUUUUUUUUUACGAAUGAAGUCUAAAACGACGCGUUUCUUAGCCAGUGUGAUUUUUUUGAACGGAUUUUUAUCUUUAAGUUGACUGACGGACACCCCCGCUAGAAGAACCAAAAUAAAAUCGCCAGGGUGGGGGGGGGAGCCGAUCCCUUCUUCUGCUGCAGAGGUUUUUGUUUUGUUAAAAUAAAGGUUUGUGCGUUUUCAGAGUUUGACAUCACUGGUGCUGCCAUCAUGCGAUUUUCUUGUACUUGGGGGCGACAAUUCCGCGAUUUUAGUUUUUUACGUCGGGGUGGGCGGGGGGUGGGGGAUUGCUUCGAAUGCAGGAUUUUAAAUUUAACGUGCGGUGCCUGUUAAAGUGCGGUUGCUUGCGUCGUGCGCAUUGGCGUGAGGUCGUGGUGGUGUACGUGUUUGCGGCGAGCGGCAAGUCCGGUCGUUGGCGCACUGCGCUACAAAGCCCGGCGACCCGAGUUCGAUUCCCGCUCACCACCGUCGAUGUUGGUGAAUGUUCUCAAUCAGUCCUGGGCCCUCUACCUAGGACGCCUCGGCCUUAAAUAAAGUGCCCGGUGUGGUUUGUAAACAUCAGCACUGGGGAGACAAAGCCAGCCCGGAUGUGGUGUUGGUCACCCACCUCCUUGUACACCGUGCUGACCUUAAAUAGGUGUUCACUUAAGGCUUCUGCCAACAGUCUAUUGAAGGCUAUACUGGGGAUCUUGGUUCGUAUGUGUGGCACAAGUGUGUUUGAGCGUGCCGGUAAUUUCGCUGUGUGGGUCUUUGCUUGUUAAUGUUCCAAGGUGGAAGGGUUACCAGCCCAUUGCACCCAUCCAGAGCCGUCGCUAUACACACAAAAAACAGACCUCAAGAAAUUAGUUUUCAAUCUAGAUUUAAAAGUGCCUGGCUUCCUAAUAUCGGAAGGGAAGAGCGUUCCAGACGGCCGCAGAAGCACAUCGUAAAGCGCGACAUGCCAGCGACCGCCUAGGUUCGGAUGGCCAGCCAAAAGCCGCCGCCGCUGCUGCUGCGAGGAUGACUGGAGAUUGCGAACUGGAGCAGUGCAGCAAAAUCUCACCGCUUGCUGAAGGUUUCCACGUCGGGUCUCGGGGUGCGGUCCUUGACCGACACUCCACUGCUAUUCCCCCCCCACGUCUCGUACGUGCCACGAUUGUACAAUAACCACGUCGCCACGUCGAGCGGUGUACAAUGCACGUUUUGCUUGCGCGAUGCACGUUGUAUCGCCUUGCGUCGGGUGCACGAAGACCGCCGCUGCUUCAGCGUUAACCAAAGUGGCUUGGUGAAACCCUCAUCCAGCAGUGGAUUGACCAUGGCUGUUGGUAAUUUUUGACAAUUCUCCAUCGAGUUAAAUCGCUGUGCGCAAUCGAUGUUUUGAAUGCCUACAAAACGCCCACGUGGCUCGGCCCGUCUGGAGUGUUCGGUCACGAUUUAACGCGUGUGUGAGGGUUUUCUGUACGCGGGCAUGGAACGUGCGUGUGGCACAAGUGGUACGAUCGCGGAACCGUGCGUGGUACGAGCGCGGAACCGUGCGAGGUGGCGUUUAGGGAGAGCCCUUGUGCAGCCCUUGGUGCGCUGCGCUACCAACCCGGAGACCCGAUUUGGAGUCCUGCUCACGGUUAAUGUCAGUGACGAAUAACCGGGCCUCCCCCUAGGGCGACUCAGCCGCAAGUUGGUACUUGAUGCGGUGUGGUCAUCGUAGGUGCUUCACGUUAACAGCACUUGCCCCAGCAGUCUGUUAAUGGCUUUACGGGGGAUCUUUGGAGUAGUGCGUGUGUUCAUUGACGUGCCAUGUUAUUCCUUUAAUAAUAUUUUGAACUCGAACCUUUACAUCCAUUUGGGGAAAAAAUAUAAUUGCAAAUAUGAUUUAAAAUCAUGGCCUGCAGUUACGCUACCAAUAUUGUUUCUUACAAAAAGAUGUAUUUUUGUGCUCAUCUUUGUAGCCAAAAUACGUAUCGUCAGCGUUAACAAUCGGAAACGGCGAAGAACGUCGAAAUUGUUCGUAUACACACCAAAGUGUUUCUCCUCCCAACGGAAAACUUCGUAAUCUUAAACUCGCCUUCCAUGUGCCAUUGCGUUAAACAUCUCAGCCGGUUUAAAAAAAAAUAUUUCUUUACCUUAACGGGUACAGAAAUUUGUCCCCUUUUUUUAAACAAAUGUAUUCCUGUGCGUGGCCUGAGAACGACGGUGUUGCUUUGUGUGGCCUGAAAACCACGUGGUCUUGCUUCGUGUGGCCUGAGGACCACAUGGUGUUGCUUCGUGUGGCCUGAGAAACACGUGGUCUUGCAUUGUGACCUGAGUGACCACGUGGUCUUGCUUCGUGUGACCUGAGAACCACGUGGUCUUGCUUUGACCUGAAAACUACGUGGUCUUGCUUCGUGUGGCCUUAGUGACCACGUGGUCUUGCUUCGUGUGGCCUGAGAACCACGUGGUCUUGCUUUGACCUGAAAACUACGUGGUCUUGCUUCGUGUGGCCUUGGUGACCACGUGGUCUUGCUUCGUGUGGCCUGAGAACCACGUGGUCUUGCUUUGACCUGAAAACUACGUGGUCUUGCUUCGUGUGGCCUUAGUGACCACGUGGUCUUGCUACGUGUGGCCUGCUUACUGCAGAGUGUUCUGCGCUUGAUCGCUUUGCUCCAGGGGGUGUCGUGUGGAAGCCUUGUUCAGCGCCACCUUGGCUGGGUUACACGGGGCAAUAUUAAAUUAUGCAUAAUUGUGUUCGUGGCAAAGCUGUGGUAACUCAACCGUGUGACGGAACAAUGAUUACUCCUUCACAGCCACCGUUUCGUUUCUUUGAUCUGUUGCGUGGGGACCGAUGAGAGCCGUCUGCGAUUGGAUCGAAUUCGUCACGUACAAGUAUGAAACCCGUGCACACGUGUUGUGGUUUUACUCUCCAACGCACCGGCGUGCUGAACGAGUAACGAAUUGGCACGUUUUGUUUGCGUGAUAAAACCUUUUUGAUUGUGUUGGGUGGUAGCGGGUUGAACGACACAUUCGUAUUUACGCGAACUGACCCCAAAACAUCCGUUAUGGUGCUUAUCCUGGUUAUGAGUACAGUAGUUGUACGGGGCUUUUUUCAGGAAAGGAUGUAUACAUUUAAAAUGCAACCCAUAAGGUUUUGUUACGAAGAAUUAAUCGGCACUCAAGUCCAGCAACAUUUUUAUUUAAUCGCAAGUCCCUGUGCCGAUUUCGCCCUGAACGGUGCUGUUUGUUGCUGGUGUUUUAAGGACCUUUUUGGGCCUGUGGCUCGGUUUAAAUAUACACGGGUGACACAAAAGUCAUGUUCAGUUUGAACAAAUCACGUAGGGUUAUGAAAUUUAUUUUCACCAAUGUUUAACAACGUGUAGAGGCUUUCUCGACCAAUAUCCAUAAGAGGUGUUUUUUUUGUUGGGUUAGAUCGGGUAAAUAUGCGUCGUUAAACUCGCCACCAUCCGACACAGACAAUCAGUAAGGGGUUUGUCACGUAAACAAAACUUGCCAACACGUUACGAGUUCAGCACUAACUGGUUUUGUGUUGGAGAGUAAACCCACUGCAGCAUUUACAAUUCGUUUCGCCGGUAAUUGCAACCAGCAUCGUCAGGAGGACUGCCAGAAUUGUGAAUAAAUCCUCCUGUUGUUUCGGUCUUAAAUAUUUUAACGAAUGUUCAAACUGACUUACGUUAAUGCGUGCGCCGCGACAUUUUCUUAUUAGACGAGACAAAAGUUCAUCUUCGUUGCUAUUCCUAUUCCAUUUUUUUGAUCGUCACGUGAAAAGGAAGAAUAAAAAACAAUUGAUGUUAAUAAUGAUAAUAGGGCUACUAUUAACUUAAAAGUUAAACAAUUCACAUGUUGUAAUGCCAGUGUUAACAUAGAUUAAAUAACCCCUUCGUGAUUUGUUCAAAUUAAUACAACCCUGUAUAUUAAAAAAAAAUUGCCUUUAGCAUUCGGCACAAUAAUAUUUGUUUAAAUUUUAAUCCUCUGAAUCUGGGAACUAUUUGGUUGUAUUUUUAAGAAGACGUUUUUUGUUCUUUUCAUUUUGUUGUUGGCCAAAGCUGGUGAUGUUCAGUUGGUAAUUAGUCCCAAACGUUACACAGAAUUAAAUUAAAGGCCACGUUACCAUCGGCCGGAGGGUCACGUUGCACUGACGUCACUGUGUGCCGUUUGUUCGCAAGCGCAGUGUGCCGGGUUGUGUGACACCUUGUGAAUGCGUGCGCCUGUGUGCAUGUGUUCGACUCGACCUCAAAUACGAGUACCUGGUGCGGUGGAGUAAACAUCGCCACUGGGGAGACAAAGGCGGCCGUGCGUGGAGCGGGCCACCCACGUGUGCCGUGUCGGCCUUCAUAGGUGCUCGAUAAAAAGGCACUUGCUCCUAUGGUCUGUUGUGGCUAAAUGGGGGAAUCGCUAUCUUUGUUGUGUUACUCAGCCUCAAAUGAGUGCCUUGUCCAGUGGUGUGUAGUAAGCGUCGCCACUGGGGAGACAAAGGCGGUCGGGCGCGGUGCUGGCCACCCAAACCCCCUCGUGUGCCAUGCGGGCCUUUAUAGGUGCUGCUACUCGCUAACAGCACUUGCCCCCAACGGUCUGCUCAGGCUGUACCAGGGUUCUUUGCCGUUUGGUUUGGGCGAGAAGUGGUUACGUACUAACCCCGAUGGCUUGAAUUAAGUUCCUGGCCACGGCUAACCAUUAAUGGUGGUUAUCUGCCUUAAAUGUUCCUACUGCGGUGAGGAACCGAGGUGGCGAGAUGUAAUCUCCCUCGCUUGCUAUGCAGGAGGCCGUGGGUUCGAUCCCUGACCCUGACGCUUUUAUAUCUCUCUCCGUGGUCCCUUGGAUUGAUUGUUUCUCUUCUCUGAGGCCCUUCGUCUUUUCCCUCCACGUUUAGAAUCAACAUCACGCGUUCAGCGUUUUGGCUGCUAUACAUUUCCACGAUGAUAAGCCACUUCGGUUGCGCUAUCAUUUGUGGCCAGGUCGCUUCCGAAAAAACGGCAGUAUAUGUAUGCAUGUCGAACUAACUUCCUUCGCACCGCACGUAGCCGACCCGUGCCAAUCGGAGGUGCGAUUAGCACGGUUGGCAACGUAUAGAGUGGGCCUUACCGUGCUGAGAGGAUAGGAGGGGGGGGAGAUUAAGUGGUGGAAUUGCGAUAACCCUAACCACCCUCGAUCCCAUUAAGGUCGUGUUGGUCUUAACGGGUGCUCGCAAACAGCGCUUGCCACAAGUCUCUACGGCUAUCGGGUGAUAUCUGUAUAUUUGUGUUUUUUUUUAAGUUAAUCCUCCCAUAGGGGAAGGGGGGGUGGGUGGGGUGGGAACUCCCCCUCAUUAAAAUAAUUGACUGAACACAUUCCGAGCAGGACUCUCUCUCUACCUGACACGGAAGGCUUGAGGCUUGGAUGAGGCUUUCCUGGAUACAAGGCACACGCGAUCGUUAUUUUAUGCGACCCGGUGGAGUCGAGGCUCGGUGUUUCCCCGCUCAAAGGGAGAAAUUGGGUGGCACGCUCUGGCUCCACAAACGGCUCAUGAAGCUGUGGCCGAAAUUCAGUGUUCCCAUGGCGGGGAGCCAGUUAUGUGUCGUGCAGUAAUUCAUUAUUUUUGUUGACUUGCUGCAAAGUGGUAACUAUUUAACUGACCUCGGAUAGGAUGAUGGCCUGAGUCAACCCCAGGGUCUGGGAUCGGGACUCUUAAAAAAACUUUCCAAAUGAUGAAAUGGUACUAACCGUGUCACCUGGACCGGUGAAGUGCGGAUUAAGAGUGUCGUCUUAAUUAAUUUGGCUAAAUACCAGCAAUGGCCCGUUUCAAAAAUCGGUUUUGACCUAUCAUGCGGCAACCGUUACUCCCACAAGGCAGAGCGGGCCGGAAAGGGCUGCCCUACAUCGAGUUCGUGCAUGUACGUCGAACUUCUUUCGCACCGUACGUAACCAUCCGUGAUACUCGGUGGUGCGGUGGAAGGACAACAGACUAAACACAAAACAGUUCGGAAAAAAAUGUAUCUAGACGAUUGAAAAGUGCACCGCUCCGGUGGCUUCCUAAUAUCGGAACGGAAGAGCGUUCCAGACGGCCGCAUAAGCCCAUCUGGAAGUGCCGCGCGAUGCGGUGACCCCACCGUUGUCUUUGUUCGAUGACUCGGCCAAAAGCCGCCGCCGCCGCUGCUGCCGCGAGGAUGACCCAGAGUGUCACGUGACGAUGAUUCAUGCUCCUCGAGAUCACCGACGAAGCAUCGUGGUUCAUUGGUUGUCGCUAAGUGCUUUGUGUGCGCGCGCGAUUAAAAAUGUGGGACUCCGUCGCUUUGAGAGUUUCCCCGGCGGGUUGUCCUGCCUCGCGAAACGACGCCGGUGCGAAGCGAAGGCUUUGUCAUAAAACUUCUGUUUUUUUUGUUUCGUUUAAACCGGCGUGAGAAGUCGCGAGCGUGUGAGCCGGGUCACCGAGAAAUGGCAAAACAAGGUACGGCGACCCGAGGCGAAUGGAAAUUGUUAAUGUAUGAAAUGCAAUUCCGAUAGCACAUUUGCGCACGCGUGCGAGGGUUGUUAACCUUGUCGGGGAGGCUAGGCAGACGUGAAUUGCCGUGCUGACUUAGAGGAGGAUGAAACCCUCAGUUGCGUUGUGGCCUCCUCUUCCCACAUUGUAUUAGCCAUGGCCACGGGUUUUAACAUUGUUAUAUUAUUACUGAAUUUGAUUGCUUUUUUUUGUCGUGAAUAAAAGUCAAUCCAUCCCGC